GAGGAGGAGGAAGUCGGGGCCGAGCCGCUUCCUGUAGGCAGAGAGAUGAGCGCAGACAAAGCUGGGUGGGGACUCGCCGCUCGGGGCUGCUGCUGACCACCCUCCUCCUGCCUCCAUCCCUUCAUCCAUCUCUCCAUCCCUCCGUCCGUCCGUCCAUCCUUCCGUCCGUCCCGCCACAGCUCUCCCCGCGGGGGACUCAGGGCAGCACCUCCAGGUUGGCCAAGGGGAGCAGAUCUUUCCCUAGAGACAAAUCACCGCCCAUCCAGAGAGCAUACCUGGCCUGCCCAUGGCGAGCAACAACACUGCUAGCAUAGCGCAAGCCCGCAAGCUGGUGGAGCAGCUGAAGAUGGAGGCCAACAUCGACAGGAUAAAGGUGUCAAAAGCAGCAGCAGACCUGAUGGCGUACUGCGAAGCCCAUGCCAAGGAGGACCCACUAUUGACCCCCGUCCCAGCCUCAGAAAACCCCUUUAGAGAGAAGAAGUUCUUCUGUGUGAUCCUGUAAACCCUUGAGGAGCCUGACCAGCACUCAGGCCACCCUGAACACUGAUGUAGAGAUUUUAGGAACGGGGGACAACCUGCUAAGUCCGCAGAAUUUAAACAAAACUAAGUAAAAUAUACAGCCUGGAAGCUCCAGAGAUGUGCAUGUUUAAAGAACCUGGCCACCUUUU